AUGUCUGCAUCUAAUGACAAAAACUUAGUGCAAAAAACGCUUAGUCCACCUAAAACGCAUUCAUUUCCAGCAUUAAACAAUAACCGUUGUAUCAAGGUUAUUGUGACGUCAACAAAUGGUGGAAAACCGUUAAUCAGCCAACGUAAAAUAAGUCAAAAUAGUUAUUUUGCUCAGAAUCAUACAGCAGUUGAGCAAGAACGAAAAGCUAGUGAGAGUAUUGAAGCUACAGGACUCACUGCGGUACCAGGUGUACAAAAUCUAUACUGUAAGUGCGAUCGACUUGCAUGCUGUAGUCGUCAUCCAUCACAUACGCUACUGUAUCUACCCGAACAACGGCGUGUUUCAACUAUAUCCAAUUACUCAGUCACUUCUUGCCCAACAGAAUUGAUGGAAGAUGCUGAAGUUGCAAAAGUCUUACAACGAUUACCGUCCUCAUCAACUGGCACACUGCGACGGACAUCAUUUCAAACUGGAGCCAGUCCAAGCUCACAACAUUCCAGCAGACAUGCCUCACGAACUGCGUUGAUUGAUGGUCAUAAAGAAGGUUAUCAACGGGGCAGUGAACCGCUGCUAAGCGAUCGAGCUGAAAAUACGGAAUUUCAUACAGAAAGUCCAAGGCCAAAAAUUUUAACAAAACGUGUCAGUUGGUUGUUGAUGAAAAAUCUGGAUGAAACAUCAGAAACCAGCGGUACAUCGCCGAAACGUGGUGACGGUAAACGGUUAUGUGAUGAUCCAACGGAAUCGGCGUUACGAAGUGAUUCACGAACUAGCUAUUCUGGUUCUUCACAACUUCUAGACAAUAUGUCACAGUUGGAGCGUGACGAUGAUACACCACCAUUAGAUACAAUGAGCUGGAGGAGUCCUGGUUUGAUUUUAAGGAACUGUUGCUCUAAAAAUAAUCAUCAGGAAUACGACAAUGUAACGUUGAUGUAUGCGAAGCACGAGAAAAUCCCGAUGAAAGAUUUUGGCUCUGAAAUUCGAGCGACAAUGGAUAUUGAUCAUUUGUUAAACAAAUCUGUUUUGCUUUUGGAUUUGCAAGAAACUUCACUGGAAGAAAUUUUUGCCAAAAUCAUUCAUGAAAUGGAUAUACAGGAACCUGAGUUUACCAGUGAACAAGUUCGGUCAGUUCUAUUCACUCAAGAUGCUGGGAACCAAUUUCACAUUUUGAGUAGGACAGUUCAAAGUAUUUGUACGACGGGUACUAUUGGUGGAACGUUUGAUUACGACCAAACUUGGAUAUGUGCACUAUGUAUGUUAAAUACGGUACAGCACAGACACGUCGCAAUUGCGCGGUUGAGUCAUCCAACAAAUUUAGGCCGAACAAUGCAGGAUCUUCGAUUUAUCAUUAUUGUAAUUGCGCCCUCCCGAGCGAAAGGAACAAAAACUGCUUUGGAAACAACGCGAACAUUUGCGACACUGUUUGCUGAUAUGGAUAUUCGACAACGUUUAGUGAUGGCUCAAACUGUUGAUCAGUUCAGGUUAGAAAUUUUUGAAUUUUUCUUGGUCUUUUUUUUGUUUCUUCAAAUUUUCUUUAAUCUUAGUAAGACAGAGACGGCAAAUGAAGAAAGAAAAAGAAAACAAAGGUGCUCUUGACA